AUGUCGCUCACACUAAAACUAUCAUCUUUGGCAAUUCGCACCCUUUCUAAGCCAAUUGCGACCCAACUCAAAGCUCAAGCUCGCGAACAUGAACGCUUCCGCAAUAUCUGUGUGUCGAUGGCGCAGGCCCUUCACAAGUUCGACAUGCGUCUACGACUAGGCUCAAUACGCGAUAAUACGGCCUCCCAGCGACAGGCUGCUGCUGAAGCGGCAGCGAAAAAACACAUCCCCACAUCCCCGACGGCGAAAACAGAGGCCGAGACGAAAGCCGAGGAGCAUGCCCUAGCGAAAGCCAAGGCUGCGGCUGAGGAAGCGGCGAAGCCUCACAAUUACCGCAUUCGACCUCUGAGCGAGUCCAAAGCCAUCGAGUCCGGUGCAAAUUUUAUUAGCGAAAGUUUUCUCUUUCUCGUGGCGGGCGGAUUGAUUAUUUUCGAAUCAUGGCGAUCGCGUCGGAAGGAAAGUACCCGAAGGGAAGGUGUUGAGGAGCGUCUUGCCGAAUUGGAAAAAUCGGAGAAGACGGCAAGGGAGGCCUUGGUUGUUCUGGAGAAAGAACUGCUACUUUUACGUGGGGAGAAGUCCAAGCCGACCCAUCAUAUCCUACCGCGGGCAGUGUGGGAACAGGUGCCUGAGCUGGAGGAGCCCGAGGCAGAGCAGACCUGGUGGUCGACUGUCACCUCGUACUUCUCGUUUGGCCAGGAAUCGAAGACACCCGAGCCAACUCCCCAAAAAACCCUCCAGCAGACCCUGAAGACCCAAGACACAAAAGUGACAGGCUCAUCUGCUGAGCAGACUGUUACGUCUGCCCAAAACAAAACACUUGAGUCGAAGACUUCGUCGUAA